UAGUAGUGUGUUCGGUAGUUUCCAACUAGGGCCACCAGAUAUCACCAGUGAACAGACGCCGUUAAUUGCUGGAAUGCGGGCAUUAACAUGUCCGAUGCAGGUUGACGCUACAGUUGUAGUCUGUUAUACUUCACAAUAAGGACUAAGAGAGCGUUGAAUCAUCACGUAAUCGACAGGACUGAAGUGAUCGUCACUCUGAAUGAACGAUUUACCGAUACAGAAAGAUGACGUAACAUUUUAACUAUCUCGUCGCUGUCAGCAGCACGGAGUAAACGAACAACGUUGACAGAGUUGUGCCCUGGGUGUACAGUGACGUCAUUGUGUAGCAGAGGCGGGAGAGGCUGCCAGAGAUGCGAUGUAUCAAGUUUUUAUCACCGGAUAUCGCUUGGUCGAAGUAUCGUACACUAAACCGUACCACGUUUACACAAUCGAGGUUUUACAGCCAAAUUCAAGUCUCAGGCACAUCGUCGAGAAGAGGUACAGUGAGUUCAACACCCUUCAUCGUAUGCUGAAAAAAGAUACAGAGGACACUGCACCUUUUCCCCCAAAACGUGUCAGAAAUUCGCAACUCAAAGUAUUGGAACAGAGAAGAUCGGCGUUAGAAUCGUAUAUGCAAAAGAUGCUCAGACUUUCCUCUACAAAACAGCAAGUUCUCAAUUUUUUAGGAAUUGAAAACCGUGCUCAAAACACAAGUGAAAGAAUGAAUGGCCAAGUAGGUAUCGGUGAUCCGAAACAGGUCCGGUCUCUCACAUUGAGACAUCAUCCCAUAUUGACUUUUCAAUGUGAUCCAUAUAUUCAGGCAAAUACUACGUCCAGUCUUCCAGACAUUGUCACAAACGGAGUACUUGUUGAAAACUCGAUGAAGCUCUCGAUCGCAUUUACCCAAAUAUAUCUUGCUCGUUACGCAGACAGUCUUCUACCACGGAAGUUGAUCGCAGCAUGCCUGAUAGUUUCAGGAGGAAUAAUGUUACUUUUUGGAAAAACAGAUAAUUACGAUGUGAUGGUCCUCUUGCUAGUGGUUUCAGGAUUGUUUCAAGGACUUAUAUGGCCAUCUUUAUGCAAGGUAUUUUUCUUCUGGAUCCAAGAUUCAAGAUUAAAUACGUUUUUUGGACUUCUUUCGCUAGCCGAAUAUUUCGGUAGCUUGAUGGCCAAUUAUCUGGCUAUCUUUUUACUUAAAAAAUUUUCUUGGACUUUUGUCUAUCCCCCCUUAAGUACCAUUGUCAUUAUCGUUUCUCUUCUUGCUCUUUUGAGCCUGUACCUUCCUUGGGAACUUCAUAUUGAUGUACCAGGUAGAAAUACACAGAAUAAGUUGUCUCGCCGAACCUCGUGGAUGGAAAUAUGGACACUGCCCGGGGUCUCAGAUCUUUCAAUUGCAGUUUUUACUCUUCGACUGGUCAGGAGCGCAAUCGUGUUCUGGGUUCCAAAUUUCUUUGUGCAAAAGGUUGGAUAUGACACUUACAAAGCCCAGGUAGCCUUAAGUAUUUACAAAAUCGGUCAUUUGUUCGGUUGCAUUGGGCUGGGGUGGAUGGCACGAAAAGAGACUGUCCUGAUACAGAGUCUUAUUUUACUUGGUAUAGGGACCUUAGGAUUUGUUAUAUUCUGGCUAACGAUUUCCUGGGGAUUCCUGUGGAGUAUUAACUUGCUUGCCAUGGUUGGUUUUGCAAUCGGUGGUCCCACUGCAGCCCUCAGUGCCUCUUUUGCAGUUUCUUUGGGUGAAUUGGAUGGUUGGAAGUCUGGAGGAGCAGUCGUUGGAGUAGUAAGCGGAUUCGGUGGUUUUGGAGAAGUGUUUGAAAGGGCUGUCGUCACAUUUGUGAUCGAAACUUACGGGUGGAACUCAAUGUUCAUACUGUUGACAAAUUUGUUAUGUUUUAGUGCCUUUUUAGUAAAUAGAGCACAUUUUGCGACCAGUAAUAAGCUCAUGAAUGGCAGACAAUACGUUAUAUAAAUAAUAUUGUUAUUUCGGCUGUAAGAAAAAAAUUUUUUAAACAUUUUUGAGAACUUGUAAACCAAGUACCUAAUUAUAAAUAAAAGUACCUUUAGUGCAUACAGUAUGAUGUGUACAAUUCCAAUUACAUAACUGCUUUAUUAUUAAUAUAGAAGUAAAAAUUAGAAUAAUACUUAGUUCCUUGCAAAAUUUUGCAGCAAGUCAAAUAAUUCGAGGCUCGAUACUGAUGUUAUAAAUAUAUUAUAGAUAGCACAUGGUAGAAAUUAAUGAAAAUGUAUUCCAGUGUUUACCAUGAGUAGCACCAUAGUCUAUUUGAGAGAGAUGUAGAUCUAUGUACAAGUAUUAAGUUAUACAUGUAAAAACAAUUUGUUU